CAUGACCCUCGCUAAUGGCGGUCGUCACCGCCGUUGUUAUCCGGUCGCGGUGGUUUCACCGUGGCCAUGGACGGGACGUCACGUCUCUAUCUCCACCGCUACUUAACCAAUCGGGCGUGGCAGGGUAGGGACGCCCCCAGCCUCCAGCCGCACCACGCUCAUCGCUGCUACAGCGGUGCCGCCUCCACCCACCCACCCACCCACCCACCGUCACCCAAAAAGAAGAUUCCGACCGGGGAAGCGGCGGCCGGCGAGCGGCUGACGAUGCCGUCGUCUCCGCGGGCGGCGGUCAUGCUCGUCGCGGGCGCGUGGAUGUGGUUGUUGCUGCUGUCGGCGGACGGCGCGCGGGCGGACGGUGGCAACGGCACGGUGUGCCUGUGCACGGGCCCGCAGUGCGUGCCGCCGUGCCCCGUCCCGGGCACGCCGCCGACGGUGACGUCGCCGACGCAGUUCCCCUUCUGCCCGCAGAGGCCGCCGGCGAUCGGGCCCUUCCCCUGGGAGCAGCAGCCGUCGUCGACGCCGACGCCGAGGUCGGGGUUCCCCCAGGACGCGGGGUUCCUCGCGGCGGCAGCGACGGCGAGACCCACUAGAACGGCCCCAUGGCUGGCUGUGGCCGCCGUGUGCUCUGCUUUCUUGCUGCUCCUGCAGCAGUGAUUCUGUCUGACGGAUGUACUGUAGGCGCGAGUUCAUCAGGAGAUUCAGUUCCACCGUUGUGCUGAUGUCUAAAUCUCAUAUGAUAUACUCUACAUAUGUAUGUAAUCGUAGGUCUUAAUUCCAGUUCAAUAGGCUACGAACAAACAAUCUAAAAGGGAUCGGUUGGGUUCCUCCUUUUCGCAUCAUCUUCUUCUUUUUCUGAUUGAUUUUGUUCUUUUCGCUGCAACUGGAUGGAUGCUGGGGCUCUGUUAGACCUGAUAAUACACAUGGAGUAGUACCAUUUGGAUCUGUGUAUGUAUGAUUGGUGCUUUAUCAGAUGUUGAGAUGCAUGGCCUGGAUUCUGGAACAUGCAUAUAUUCUUGCUUGAGAAUGUUAAUCAAGUCUUGGCAGCACUGUUGGACGCUA